GUCUCAUCAACCGGAAUUCGGAAAUGAUUCAGGUGACUCUAGCGAUCACAAAGGUUCAGUCGUUUCCACAGAGAGAAGCAUAUUUGGGAAUCCCUCCCUGUGAGUGGCGGUGAAAAACAUUGGCUUUGCCAUGGCUGCGAUCUUAGCUCGGAAAUCCCUUCUCGCUCUUCGUGCUCGUCAGCUUGCUGUCUCCGGGCAAGCACUGCAAGGUUCUCCUUUUCAUGGUCUCCAGUCAACACACUUGUACAGUACCAGCAAAGAUGAUGAAGAAAGAGAGCAGCUUGCCAAGGAGAUCUCGAAGGAUUGGAGUUCUAUUUUUGAGCGUAGCAUAAACACACUAUUUCUCACUGAGAUGGUCCGGGGUCUGUCACUGACUCUUAAAUACUUCUUUGAGAAAAAAGUCACUAUCAAUUACCCAUUUGAGAAAGGCCCCCUAAGUCCUCGUUUUCGAGGUGAGCAUGCCCUCCGACGAUAUCCAACUGGAGAAGAACGAUGCAUUGCAUGCAAACUUUGUGAAGCUAUUUGUCCUGCUCAAGCAAUCACAAUUGAGGCUGAGGAACGGGAAGAUGGUAGCCGUAGGACCACAAGGUACGACAUUGAUAUGACCAAAUGCAUCUACUGUGGGUUCUGUCAAGAGGCAUGCCCUGUUGACGCCAUUGUUGAAGGACCAAACUUUGAGUUUGCUACAGAGACUCACGAGGAGCUUCUCUAUGACAAAGAAAAGUUGCUCGAGAACGGAGACCGGUGGGAGACUGAGAUUGCAGAGAAUCUUAGAUCUGAAAGCCUCUAUCGCUGAUACAUUUACCCUUGGUGCAGUCUGAAUUUGAUUUUUCUUAGUGCGUUCAUAAUAAGAUAAACAUGAGCAUGCUGUUGAAAUUAUUUCGUAUUUUUGGUACACGAGUUGAGAACACAUAUCUUGCUGCUUUUUACUUCCCAAGUUUGGGAUUUUUCUCAGAAAUCUUUUGUUUUUCCUCCCAAUAAAAAUGGGAAUUCUAUGGUUUCCCAUGUAGUUGUAAUUUAGGUAAAAUAUGAAACAUUAUCAUCUUAUGUUCUUCACGGCUUCA